AUGAUCACCGCAGAUGACAGUAUUACGCGAAAUGCUCUUAUCCCUCCUGUGAUAAUCUCUCUCGAAGAUACCAAGCAUGUCAAGAAGAAUAAGCCUCAGCGCAAGGACGUGUUCGCGAAACCGCAGACUCCGCAGACCAGAUUGUGCAAGGACUACCUUGACGAUAUGGAGGAACUCGAGGAGGAUAGCGAGGAUGGUGACCAGCAGGCUUUGUUGAAUGGUUCUCUGGAUGGGUGA